CGGGGGUCGGGUGGGAGGGGGAGGAGGAUGCUGAGUAAGCAUCCGUUGCCACGUGAUCCGACAGUCAUAUGACUUUAAGCCGAAAGGAGGAGUUGCACAGGCUCAGUCUCCGGAGUUGAAGAAGCCCGGGAGCUAGGCACGAGGCACAAUGAAACUCAUCAUCCUGGAUGAUUACUCUCAGGCCAGUGAAUGGGCUGCCAAGUACAUCAGAAACCGAAUCAUCCAGUUUCGACCAGGGCCGGAUAGGUAUUUCACAUUGGGGCUCCCUACAGGGAGCACCCCUGAAAAAUGCUACCAGAAGCUGAUUGAGUAUUAUAAGAAUGGGGACCUGUCCUUCAAGUAUGUGAAGACAUUUAACAUGGACGAGUAUGUGGGUCUCCCACGUGACCACUCUCAGAGCUACCAUACCUUCAUGUGGGAGAAAUUAUUCAAGCACAUUGACAUUAGUCCUGAAAACACCCAUAUCCUGGAUGGAAACGCAGCUGAUCUGCAGGCAGAAUGUGAUGCUUUUGAAGAAAAGAUCAAGGAAGCUGGAGGGAUCGAGCUCUUUGUUGGAGGUAUUGGCCCUGAUGGGCACGUCGCCUUCAAUGAGCCUGGCUCAAGUUUGGUGUCUAGGACCCGAGUGAAAACUCUGGCCAUGGAUACCAUCCUAGCCAAUGCCCGGUUCUUCGAUGGAAAAAACUCCCAAGUUCCCACGAUGGCUCUGACUGUGGGUGUGGGUACAGUCAUGGAUGCCAGAGAGGUCAUGAUCUUAAUUACAGGGGCCCAUAAGGCAUUUGCACUGCACAAAGCCAUUGAGGAAGGGAUAAAUCACAUGUGGACUGUGUCUGCCUUCCAGCAGCACCCGCAAACAAUAUUCGUGUGUGAUGAAGAUGCCACACUGGAACUUAAAGUGAAAACUGUCAAAUAUUUCAAAGGGUUGAUGCUUGUUCAUAACAAGCUAGUGGAACCACUGUACAGUAUAAAAGAAACAGAAACAAAAACAGAGACAAGCCACUCUACCAAGAAACCAUAUAGUGACUGAUUUGCCCUCACAAGCCUGCUUUCCAAUCCCCCAAAGAGGUAUACAGGUUUUUAGGAAGGAAAAAAAUCUUUAAUCAAGUCUAUAUGUCCACUCCAAACAUUAGGCUAUCUACCUUUGAUGAAAAUGGGUGUGCCGAGUAGAUUGUACUCAAAGGGUUGAAGUUUACAGAAAUAGGUAUUUUGCUCUGCAAUUUGAUUUUUCUCUGGAGUCUUUAUUUCCUAUUUUCUAUUGCCAUGUUCUAUCUGUCAAAUAAGGCAAAGUGGAUAUGGAAAUGCCUCACUUGAACAUUUUUUAAGUGCUCCAUGGCACAGGGGAAGUGUGAACACACACUUUGUUUUGUUUCACCUCUCCACAAUUGGUGAUUGUGCAAGCAUAGUCCUCAGGGAAGUGGUCACUUGGGAUCUGCACAAGAUCAGUGCCAAGUGGAGGUGGAGUAGAGAAGAAUAUUUACUUCUCUUCUUUUCCUUGUCUUGCUUUUGUCUCUUUCACAGCAGCCCCCUUCUCAGGAUUGGAUUUGGUAGUAGAACAUCACAAAUAUUUCAUUCUUGAGAUUUGAGUGCCAGACUAUACAUGUUGAAAGGUCUGCUUAAUACAUUUUUAUCACCACACACUAAGAACCAACAUACUAGGUACUAAAAGCUACACAAAGAUCAAUUAUUUUCUCGGCCCUCUACGAUCUCUGUCCAUUAGGGAUAACCAGUCUUAUAUCACAGAUAUAUUUUGCCUCUUAGAACAUUUCAUGCCAUUGUUCCCCCAUUGUUCACUCCACUCCUUCUGUAGCCUUCCUACUGUAUAAUCUUUUAUGUGCCUAUGGGAAGCUGCUGCUGGUUCCAUUUUGGGGGGAAAAAGCUUAAGAGUCUGAUUCAGGUGCCUCUGACAAUUUUUAAAUACUGUGUUUUCUACUUGUAUUUUAAUUUUACCUUUUAUGUGAUUAGUAAAAUUCUGUUUUAAGGUGAUGGAUAAAUGGACUUAUUUGCAAUGUAAUAUAUUUUCUAUUAAAUUCAAUAUUUCAAUAA